CAGCGUGACGUUGGCGUCAAGUGACUGAAGGGGGAGAAGAAGCGGCGGCGGCGGUGGUGGAGGUGGAGAGAGAGCGAGCGAACCAGGGGGGAAAGAAAAAGCAAGUGCGCAGUCUGAGUGGGGCAGAAGCACAGCGAGAAUCACUCACCGAGACAGCGAUCCUCUUUCAGGCUGUAUAAAAUCAUCAUUUCAAAAUGAACGGUUGCCGUGUGUUCAUUGGUCGCCUGAGCCCUCAGGUGAGAGAACGGGAUGUGGAAAAGUUCUUCAAAGGUUAUGGACGCAUUCGUGAAAUUGACCUGAAGAGAGGCUUUGGGUUUGUGGAAUUUGAUGAUGCCCGGGAUGCAGAUGAUGCAGUUUAUGAGCUGAAUGGCAAGGAGCUGUUCCGGGAGAGGAUCACUGUGGAGCUUGCAAAGGCACCACCUCGGAGAGGAGGGGGCAGGUUUGGUGGAAGAUUUAACUAUUACCGCCCCAGAAGUGAGCGAAGCAGUGGACUCAGAUAUGGACCUCCUGUUCGCACUGACUAUCGUCUGAUUGUGAAGAAUCUGUCUUCCCGUGUUAGCUGGCAGGAUCUGAAGGACAUCAUGCGACAAGCUGGUGAAGUGACCUUCACCGAUGCUCACAGAGUCCACAAUAACGAAGGUAUUGUGGAGUUUGCGUCAUACAGUGAUUUGAAAAAUGCAAUUGAUAAACUGGAUGGAAAGGAAAUCAGUGGCCGGAGGGUCCAGCUGAUUGAGGAGCCAAGGCGCCACAGGUCUUGGACCCGAUCUCGCUCCAGAAGCUCUUCAAGAUCCCGCAGCUACAAGGGUUCGAGAAGUGCAUCGCGAUCUGCAAGCCGCUCACCGAGCCGCAGCAGGUCUCGCUCCCGCAGCAGGUCACCAGCCCGCGAUACCAAGCGGCAGAGGAAUGAAUCGCGCUCACUGAGCCGCUCGCCUGAGGUCAAACGCCGUAGGAAGCCAACCCAGUCGAGGUCGCGGUCUAAUUCUCCUGUUAAAUCGGCCCGUUCCUGGUCCGGUUCUCGGGAGCAGUCCCCUGUCAACAGUGCAGAGUAACCACCGUGUUGUAGAAGUGUUUUUAUAAUUUGCUAAAGAUUUUCUAUGAAAUGUUGGCCUCGUUUUGAUUUUUUUUUUCUGUCUGAUGCUGGGUUUGGGGUUUUAAGUACUUCAGUUUUUAUUUCACACGAACACUUUGAACCUUAUGAUCCCGUUCAAAUACAGACACCUGGUUUAAAUAUAUCUCAAUAAUUUGAAAAGAAAGACUUGAGCAUCAUAAUUUUGUCUAGUAUUGUUUUAACAGGCUUGGUGGAGUCUGCUACAAUAGUCUGAGAGGCUUCAACCACUUCAUGUUCUAAUAACGUGCAGCAUUGAUUGAAAGUUUCCUCAACUGAAACAAUCAAAACAUCUAUACAAUUUGCAUGACGAAUGGAGUUUCAAAUAAAAUUUGUACUUAGGGAAGAUGACAAAUUUUUAAAACCCAAAUUUGAUUGAAUGCCCCUGUUAUAGGUCAUUAAGUAACUGAUUGAAGUUUGUAGUUUGGUGACCCAAUAAUUGGCCAGUCUAAUAAAGUGCGGUUCUAAUGAUAUGGGUUUGUUGAAAAGACAAUGUGCUUCCAUUCAUUGAGAAAACUGUUGGAAUCCAAAAGUAUUUUUAAACUCCCAAACUAGCUGCAUCUAAACCCGAAUCAAGCCACUGUUUCACCAGCACAAAACAUUUAAAGCUUUGUACAAAAUGCCUGAGACUGUCGUCCUUUCCACAAGGGGGCGGAGGGGGUUAAAAUAUUACUGUUUUACAGGAAACCUUUCCAGGUUGGGUCAGUUCCUUUUCGAAUUGCUACUGGUUCAGGGACAAAUUUUAAUUUUUUUUUCUUCUUUUAGUUUGAUUUGUGUUUAUUAAAGCAGUGGUUUAGUUCUUUUGGAUUUUUGUGCGAGAGUAGCACACAGUUGCAUCCUGCCUUUAGAGAACCCUGCUGUACUUGCACUUGGAAUUUGCUUUUAAUGUGAAGCCCCGGUUUGUGGUGUAGAGUAGUGUGGCUUUCUUAACCUGCACUACAAGUGGAGGAAGGCAGUUUCUGGGGGGAGGGGGGAGGGGGCAGGUGCUGGAGUGUAGCAGGAGUCAAAUGUAUAUAUAGUUUUUGAUUCACAUGUGUUAAUAGUUCAUACUUUAUUUGGUUCAUUUCACAUUGUUUUAAAAUAUAUAUGAAAUUAUAUUUAACAUGACCCAUUCUCUAACUAGUUGCUAGAGAACCAACCUGGAAUGUUGCUCUGCAUUGGAACUGAAUUUGAAGGAACAACAAACGUACACCAAUUUAAAUGUUUGUACUUAACAAUUUUAUACAGAAACUAUAUCGCCCAAUGUUCCAUGUACCUUUACUGUAUCCUGCUAGUUUAGUCUAUUGUGUACUACAUACAGGCUGUGUAUCGCUAUCAUUCCUUGUAGCAAGAAAUGGUACUGCAUUAAAAAUUAGUUACAAGUGUC